UGCUAUAAAGAGGAUACGAAAGCAAGUCUUGUUCUAUGAUAAAUUGGAACAUCAAUCUCUUAAAUUGUGAAACAAAAGGUGGUAACUUAAUUUAAUCACAUCAAUAGUCAUUAUGGAAAAAUUAAACUCAUCUUCAAACUCAUCAUCAACUAGCUGGUUAUCUGAUCUGCUAUUGGAAGAAAUGGAAAUAGAGGGUUGUGAUUUGUUUCAACAAUGUGAACAAAACUUGUUUGGUGAAAAAGAGUUUCUUUCAAAUGACAUAGCAAGUAUUUUUCAACAAGAGGAAAAUUUCCAACAUCAACCUUUGUUAUCUUCUGAAAGCUAUUCUUCUUCUUAUCCUUUAGAAAAGAAUUUCGAAAGACCCAACAAAAAAUUGAAAAAAAACACUUCUUCCCCUUCUUCUACCACUUCUCAGAUUCUGUCUUUUGACUGUACCUUAAAUACAAAAAAGAACAAGGUUGUUCCAUUGUCACAAACAGAAUUACCUCAAAAUAGAAAAGGGUCAUUGCAAAAACAAAACAUUGUUGAAACUAUAAAGCCACAAGGACAAGGAACUAAGAGGUCUGUGGCUCAUAAUCAGGACCAUAUCAUAGCAGAGAGAAAGAGAAGAGAGAAACUCAGUCAGUGCUUGAUUGCUCUAGCUGCUCUUAUUCCUGGCUUGAAGAAGAUGGACAAGGCUUCAGUCCUAGGAGAUGCAAUCAAGUACGUGAAAGAGCUCCAAGAACGUUUGAGGGUAUUAGAGGAACAAAACAAAAAUAGUCAUGUUCAGUCUGUGGUGACGGUUGAUGAACAACAACUAAGUUACGACUCAUCAAACAGUGAUGACUCUGAAGUUGCUAGUGGUAAUAAUGAAACUCUCCCACAUGUAGAAGCCAAAGUUUUGGACAAGGAUGUGCUCAUAAGGAUCCAUUGCCAAAAGCAAAAGGGACUUUUGCUCAAAAUAUUGGUCGAGAUUCAAAAGCUUCAUCUCUUUGUUGUUAAUAACAGUGUCCUACCUUUUGGAGAUUCUAUCCUUGAUAUAACCAUCGUUGCUCAGAUGGGAAUAGGGUACAACUUGACCAGAAACGAUCUAGUGAAAAAACUACGUGUGGCUGCAUUGAGAGCCAUGUCAUAAAUGUGGUCCCAAUGGUAGAUGCAACAAUAAUCAUAUGAUAUGUCCAUGGACGUACCAAACACUACUUAACUAAUAAUCUGAUUCAAAUGCUAAUGGCAAAUCUAAAUCAACGAAUGAUAUGCAAUGUUCGUGUCAUCUUGGUCCUACAUAAUGACUUCUGAAGAAUAGAGCUCCAUGAACCAUUGAUUUUAUCAUCAGUUUUUCACAUGUGCGGAAGUUUUUCAUUUUAUGUACCAUUCACACGUAACGUGAAUAAAGUUCUGUACUAUUCACACGUAACAUGAAUAAAGUGUAUGAAUAAAGUUUGAGAAGAUGAAUAAAGUGUACUAUUCACACGUAAGAUGAGUAAAGUUUGAGAAGAUGAAUAAAGUGUACUAUUCACACUUAGCAUGAA